AUGGCGCCCGCGGCGGCUGCCAGACGCCAAGAUGGCGGCGCGGGCCCGCGCCCGCGCUCCCGGGCUCUCCACCCCCAGCCUUCCUCCGUUGGGAGCGCGACUCUCGUCGCCGUGCGCCCGUGGCCCGUCCGCCUGGGUGGUGGUCCCGGCCGCCGCCCGCCCCGCGCCAUGCGGCCUCUCGGUUGGUGGCAGUUACUGCUGUGGGCGCUGGGGCUUGUCGCCCGCGGCGUGGAGGCCGCAGAGGAAGGCGAUCGCUUAUGGUCAGAGGAGCAGCCUGGUCCCCGUCUCCGGGUGGGGGCCGUGUACCUGAGUGAGGAGGGGCCCCCGCACGACCCGAUGGGCCCGGACGGGGCAGCAGCGCAGGCCGACGCGGUGCUGGGGCCGGACAGCCGUGGGGACCGCGUGGUGAUGCUGUCCGUGAUUCCCGGGGAGGCUGAGGACAGACUGGGCCCAGAGCCCGGCGGCGACACUUGCGGCGCUGGAGGAGAGGACGACUCGCGGUGCCGCCUCCGAGAGAACCUCUUCUCCCUGAGCAGCGCGGGGGCGAGCUUCCCCGACAGGGAGGACGAGGACUACCCCGAGCCCGAGGUGGCGGAACCCGACCCGGCCCCGCCGGACGACGCCAACAGCACGGAGAGCCUCAAAUCCCCGAAGGUGAACUGUGAGGAGAGAAAUGUGACGGGAUUAGAAAAUUUUACUCUGAAAAUUCUAAAUAUGUCUCAGGACCUCAUGGAUUUUCUGAACCCAAACGGCAGCGACUGUACCCUCGUCCUGUUUUACACCCCGUGGUGCCGAUUCUCUGCCAGUUUGGCCCCGCAUUUUAAUUCUCUGCCCCGGGCAUUUCCAACUCUUCAUUUUUUGGCUCUGGAUGCAUCUCAGCACAGCAGCCUUUCCACCAGGUUUGGCACCGUAGCUGUUCCUAACAUUUUGUUAUUUCAAGGAGCUAAACCAAUGGCUAGAUUUAACCAUACAGAUCGAACAUUGGAAACACUGAAAAUCUUCAUUUUUAAUCAGACAGGUAUAGAAGCCAAGAAAAAUGUGAUGGUAACUCAAGCUGACCAAAUAGGCCCUCUUCCCAGCACGCUGAUAAAAAGUGUGGACUGGUUGCUUGUCUUUUCCUUAUUCUUUUUAAUUAGUUUCAUUAUGUAUGCUACCAUUCGAACUGAGAGUAUUCGGUGGCUAAUUCCAGGACAAGAGCAGGAACAUGUGGAAUAAUGAUGGACUGAAAGGAAAAGUUGGAAAGAGGCAUUUCUAUCCUUCAUUUCAGAAAUUACUGCUACAGCUUCAUUUUCUCUAGUGAAGUAUUGACUUGCAACUUCACUUAAAAAAAUCAUGCAUUUGUUGACCUACUAUUGAAUGUGUCAAAAAAUUGUAAACUGGUAUUUUAACUAGAAUUACAAUAAGCAAAUGCAAAAAAAUAUUCCCUAGAAUGCCGUGUUCUUAUUUUUACUACUUGAACAUCAUCUGUGAAGAGUAAUCCAGUUUGAAAUGUGAAGACAUUCUGGUGGAAUAGUGAGUUAAUGACAAUAUGCUUACUAAGGCACCAAAAAUACGACUUUUGGGUUAUAGUUCUAGAAAACUCUUGAUUCCUUAUAUAUGUUUAAGAAGGUUGAUGUUUUUGUUUGCAAUUUCUCUUCCAGAGUCCAUAGCAGAAAGUGUUGUUAUGGAAAGAGUAACUAGAAUUGAUUAGUGUGACCCUCCAAGUAGCAACUGAUGGAAAAUAAAAGAGUCAAAUACCUUGA